GUUGCCGCCCUGAGGGAACUGAGACCGAGGGACUUAGUGGCCGCCUCUGGAACCCGGGUCUUGGAGUGCUGCUCAUGGAGUGACCAGACUGAAUGGUGUAAGGGUGUCCAGGGUACGCCUCACUCAGAUGCUUCUGGACCGUCGAAAUUAUCUCCUUUGGAAAGAGCCAUCCCCUCUUUGGGCUUCAGAGGCCCAGACUGAGGCGCAAUGAUGAGAGGAUGUGGUGGUCCACUCUGAUGUCAAUCUUGAGGGCUAGUGCCCAGAAGUGCAUCCUGGACGAAUAUUUGUGAAAUGAGCAAGUAAAGGCAAAGGUAUGGAUGAAGUCACUCAGGCAAAAUGUAUAAGUUCUUUUUGGAAGUGGAUAUCUUCUCAGACAAUAAGAAUUAUAAGAGCUCUGCGAGCUCAUUUUGAAGAAAUAAUGGAUGAACCAACCCCCUUGGCCAAACCUCUGGAGCUGAAUCAGCACUCCCGAUUCAUAAUUGGUUCUGUGUCUGAAGAUAACUCAGAGGAUGAGAUCAGCAGCCUGGUGAAGCUGGACCUACUGGAGGAGAAGGAGGGCUCUCUGUCACCAGCUUCGGUCAGCUCAGAUACGCUUUCUGAUUUGGGGAUCUCUAGCCUACAGGAUGGCUUGGCCCUACACGUGAGAUCCAGUAUGUCUGGCUUGCACCUAGUCAAGCAAGGUCGAGACCGAAAGAAAAUAGACUCACAGCGAGAUUUCACUGUAGCUUCUCCAGCAGAAUUUGUUACUCGUUUUGGUGGGAAUAAAGUGAUUGAGAAGGUUCUUAUUGCCAAUAAUGGCAUUGCAGCAGUGAAAUGCAUGCGGUCCAUUCGUAGGUGGUCUUACGAGAUGUUUCGAAAUGAACGUGCAAUCCGAUUUGUUGUCAUGGUCACACCUGAAGACCUCAAAGCCAAUGCAGAGUACAUUAAGAUGGCAGAUCACUAUGUGCCAGUGCCAGGAGGACCAAACAACAACAACUAUGCAAAUGUGGAAUUAAUUCUUGAUAUUGCUAAAAGGAUCCCAGUACAAGCAGUGUGGGCUGGCUGGGGUCAUGCUUCUGAGAAUCCCAAGCUCCCAGAACUUCUUUUGAAAAACGGCAUCGCCUUCAUGGGUCCUCCAAGCCAAGCCAUGUGGGCUUUGGGAGAUAAGAUUGCAUCUUCCAUAGUGGCUCAAACUGCAGGUAUCCCAACUCUUCCCUGGAGUGGCAGUGGUCUUCGUGUGAACUGGCAAGAAAGUGACUUUUCAAAACGUAUCUUAAAUGUUCCCCAGGAACUCUAUGAAAAAGGCUAUGUGAAGGAUGUGGAUGACGGGCUACAGGCAGCAGAGGAAGUUGGGUAUCCGGUAAUGAUCAAGGCCUCAGAAGGAGGAGGAGGAAAGGGAAUCAGAAAAGUCAACAAUGCAGAUGACUUCCCUAACCUUUUCAGACAGGUUCAAGCUGAAGUUCCUGGAUCUCCUAUAUUUGUGAUGAGACUAGCCAAACAAUCUCGUCAUCUGGAGGUGCAGAUCUUAGCAGAUCAGUAUGGCAAUGCCAUCUCUUUGUUUGGUCGUGAUUGCUCUGUACAACGCAGGCAUCAGAAGAUUAUUGAAGAGGCACCUGCUGCUAUUGCUACUCCAGCAGUAUUUGAACAUAUGGAACAGUGUGCGGUGAAACUUGCCAAAAUGGUUGGCUAUGUGAGUGCGGGGACUGUAGAAUACCUCUACAGCCAGGAUGGCAGCUUCUACUUUUUGGAACUAAACCCUCGGCUGCAGGUGGAGCAUCCUUGUACAGAGAUGGUGGCUGAUGUUAAUCUCCCUGCAGCACAACUCCAGAUUGCCAUGGGGAUCCCUCUUUACAGAAUCAAGGAUAUUCGUAUGAUGUAUGGAGUAUCUCCCUGGGGUGAUGCUCCCAUUGAUUUUGAAAAUUCUGCUCAUGUUCCUUGCCCAAGGGGCCACGUUAUUGCUGCUCGGAUCACUAGUGAAAAUCCAGAUGAGGGUUUUAAGCCCAGCUCAGGAACAGUUCAGGAACUGAAUUUCCGCAGCAAUAAGAACGUCUGGGGUUAUUUUAGUGUUGCUGCUGCAGGGGGACUUCAUGAAUUUGCUGAUUCUCAGUUCGGUCACUGCUUUUCCUGGGGAGAAAACAGAGAGGAAGCAAUUUCAAACAUGGUGGUGGCUCUGAAGGAGCUGUCUAUUCGGGGUGACUUUCGAACCACGGUUGAAUACCUGAUUAAACUGUUGGAGACCGAAAGCUUUCAGUUGAAUAGAAUCGACACUGGCUGGCUGGACAGACUGAUAGCAGAGAAAGUACAGGCAGAGCGACCUGACACUAUGUUGGGAGUUGUGUGUGGGGCUCUCCAUGUGGCUGAUGUAAGCCUGCGGAAUAGCGUCUCUAACUUCCUUCACUCCUUAGAAAGGGGUCAAGUCCUUCCUGCUCAUACACUUCUGAACACUGUAGAUGUUGAACUUAUCUAUGAGGGAGUCAAGUAUGUACUUAAGGUGACUCGACAGUCCCCUAACUCUUAUGUGGUGAUCAUGAACGGCUCAUGUGUAGAAGUAGACGUGCAUCGGCUGAGUGAUGGAGGACUGCUCUUGUCCUAUGAUGGCAGCAGUUAUACCACGUACAUGAAGGAAGAAGUGGAUAGAUACCGCAUCACGAUUGGCAAUAAAACCUGUGUGUUUGAGAAGGAGAAUGACCCUUCAGUGAUGCGCUCACCGUCUGCUGGGAAGUUAAUCCAGUACAUUGUGGAGGAUGGAGGCCAUGUGUUUUCUGGCCAGUGCUAUGCUGAGAUUGAGGUGAUGAAGAUGGUAAUGACCUUAACAGCUGUUGAGUCUGGCUGUAUUCAUUAUGUCAAGCGGCCUGGAGCAGCUCUUGACCCUGGCUGUGUAAUAGCCAAAAUGCAAUUGGAUAACCCCACCAAGGUCCAGCAGGCUGAGCUUCACACGGGUAGUCUGCCACAAAUCCAGAGCACAGCACUCAGAGGCGAGAAGCUCCAUCGAGUGUUCCACUAUGUCCUGGAUAAUCUGGUCAACGUGAUGAAUGGAUACUGCCUUCCAGAUCCUUUCUUUAGCAGCAGGGUAAAAGACUGGGUAGAGCGGUUGAUGAAGACCCUCAGAGAUCCCUCCUUACCUCUCCUAGAAUUGCAAGAUAUCAUGACCAGUGUCUCUGGCCGCAUCCCCCCCAACGUGGAGAAGUCUAUCAAGAAGGAAAUGGCUCAGUAUGCUAGCAACAUCACAUCUGUCCUCUGUCAAUUUCCCAGCCAGCAGAUUGCCAACAUCCUAGAUAGCCAUGCAGCUACACUGAACCGGAAAUCUGAACGGGAAGUCUUCUUCAUGAACACUCAGAGCAUUGUCCAGCUGGUGCAGAGGUACCGAAGUGGCAUCCGAGGCCACAUGAAGGCUGUGGUGAUGGAUCUGCUGCGGCAGUACCUGCGAGUAGAGACACAGUUCCAGAACGGUCACUACGAAAAAUGUGUGUUUGCCCUUCGGGAGGAGAAUAAGAGUGACAUGAACGCGGUACUGAACUAUAUCUUCUCUCACGCCCAGGUCACCAAGAAGAAUCUUCUGGUCACAAUGCUUAUUGAUCAGUUGUGUGGCCGGGACCCUACGCUCACUGAUGAGCUGCUGAAUAUCCUCACAGAGCUAACUCAACUCAGUAAGACCACCAAUGCUAAAGUGGCACUCCGAGCACGCCAGGUUCUUAUUGCCUCCCAUUUGCCAUCAUAUGAGCUUCGCCAUAACCAAGUAGAGUCUAUCUUCCUAUCUGCUAUUGACAUGUACGGACAUCAGUUUUGCAUUGAAAACCUGCAGAAACUCAUCUUGUCUGAAACAUCUAUUUUUGAUGUCCUGCCAAACUUCUUCUACCACAGCAACCAGGUGGUGAGAAUGGCAGCUCUGGAGGUGUAUGUUCGAAGGGCUUAUAUUGCCUAUGAACUUAACAGCGUACAACACCGCCAGCUUAAGGACAACACCUGCGUGGUGGAAUUCCAGUUCAUGCUGCCCACGUCUCAUCCAAACAGAGGGAACAUCCCCACGCUAAACAGAAUGUCCUUCUCCUCCAACCUCAACCACUAUGGCAUGACUCAUGUAGCUAGUGUCAGCGAUGUGCUGCUGGACAACUCAUUCACUCCACCAUGUCAGCGGAUGGGCGGAAUGGUCUCUUUUCGGACUUUUGAAGAUUUUGUCAGGAUCUUUGAUGAAGUGAUGGGCUGCUUCUGUGAUUCCCCACCCCAAAGCCCCACAUUCCCUGAGGCAGGUCACACGUCUCUAUAUGAUGAAGACAAGGUCCCCAGGGACGAACCCAUUCACAUUCUGAAUGUGGCUAUCAAGACUGACUCUGAUACUGAGGAUGACAGGCUGGCAGCGAUGUUCAGGGAGUUUACCCAGCAAAACAAAGCUACUCUGGUUGAGCAUGGAAUUCGCCGCCUUACUUUCCUGGUUGCACAAAAGGAUUUCAGGAAACAGAUCAGCUGUGAGGUGGAUCAGAGAUUUCAUAGAAGUCCUCUGAGGAAUCUGGAUUAUAACAAGAAUGGAAAGAGAGAAUUCCCUAAAUUUUUCACGUUCCGAGCAAGGGAUAAGUUUGAGGAGGACCGAAUCUAUCGCCACUUGGAGCCUGCACUCGCCUUCCAGUUAGAGCUGAAUCGGAUGAGAAAUUUCGACCUGACUGCCAUUCCAUGUGCUAAUCACAAGAUGCACCUGUAUCUUGGGGCAGCCAAAGUGGAAGUGGGCACAGAAGUGACAGACUAUAGGUUCUUUGUCCGUGCAAUCAUCAGACAUUCUGACCUGGUCACCAAGGAAGCUUCUUUUGAAUAUCUACAAAAUGAAGGUGAGCGGCUACUCCUGGAAGCCAUGGAUGAGUUGGAAGUCGCUUUUAAUAAUACAAAUGUCCGUACUGACUGCAACCAUAUCUUCCUCAACUUUGUGCCUACAGUCAUCAUGGACCCAUCAAAGAUUGAGGAAUCUGUGCGGAGCAUGGUAAUGCGCUAUGGAAGUCGGCUGUGGAAAUUACGCGUCCUCCAGGCAGAACUGAAAAUCAACAUUCGCCUGACACCAACUGGAAAAGCAAUUCCCAUCCGCCUCUUCCUGACAAACGAGUCUGGCUAUUACUUGGACAUCAGCCUGUACAAGGAAGUGACUGACUCCAGGACAGCACAGAUCAUGUUUCAGGCGUAUGGAGACAAACAGGGGCCAUUGCAUGGAAUGUUAAUCAACACUCCCUAUGUGACCAAAGACCUGCUUCAAUCAAAGAGGUUCCAGGCACAAUCCUUAGGGACAACAUACAUAUAUGAUAUUCCAGAGAUGUUUCGACAGUCCCUGAUCAAACUCUGGGAGUCUAUGUCCACUCAAGCAUUCCUUCCAUCGCCUCCUCUGCCUUCUGACAUGCUGACAUACACUGAGCUCGUGUUGGAUGAUCAAGGUCAACUGGUCCACAUGAACAGGCUUCCAGGAGGAAAUGAGAUUGGCAUGGUUGCUUGGAAAAUGACUCUUAAGAGUCCUGAAUAUCCAGAAGGCCGAGAUAUCAUUGUUAUUGGCAAUGACAUCACAUACCAAAUUGGGUCCUUUGGGCCCCAGGAGGAUUUGCUGUUUCUCAGAGCUUCUGAGCUUUCCAGGGCAGAGGGCAUUCCACGCAUCUAUGUAGCAGCCAACAGCGGAGCAAGAAUUGGACUGGCAGAGGAAAUUCGUCAUAUGUUUCAUGUGGCCUGGGUAGAUCCUGAGGAUCCUUACAAGGGAUACAAAUAUUUAUACCUAACCCCUCAGGACUAUAAGAGAGUCAGUGCUCUGAACUCUGUCCACUGCGAGCAUGUGGAGGAUGAAGGAGAGUCCAGGUACAAGAUAACUGAUAUUAUUGGGAAGGAAGAGGGACUUGGAGCAGAGAACCUUCGAGGUUCUGGAAUGAUUGCUGGAGAAACUUCAUUGGCCUAUGAUGAGAUCAUCACCAUUAGCCUGGUUACAUGCCGGGCCAUUGGAAUUGGGGCUUACCUUGUCCGGCUGGGACAGAGAACCAUCCAGGUUGAAAAUUCUCACUUAAUUCUGACAGGAACUGGGGCCCUCAACAAAGUCCUCGGGCGGGAAGUAUAUACCUCCAAUAACCAGCUCGGUGGCAUCCAGAUCAUGCACAACAAUGGGGUGACCCACAGCACCGUUUGUGAUGACUUUGAGGGGGUGUUCACUGUCCUGCACUGGCUGUCAUACAUGCCUAAGAGUGUAAACAGUUCAGUUCCUAUCCUGAACUCCAAAGAUCCUAUAGAUAGAAUCAUCGAGUUUGUCCCCACAAAGACCCCAUAUGAUCCUCGAUGGAUGCUAGCAGGCCGUCCUCACCCAACCCAGAAAGGUCAGUGGUUGAGUGGCUUUUUUGACUAUGGGUCUUUCUCAGAAAUCAUGCAACCUUGGGCACAGACUGUGGUGGUUGGCAGAGCCAGGUUAGGAGGAAUACCUGUGGGAGUAGUUGCCGUAGAAACCCGAACAGUGGAACUAAGUAUCCCAGCUGAUCCUGCAAACCUGGAUUCUGAAGCCAAGAUAAUCCAGCAGGCUGGCCAGGUUUGGUUCCCAGACUCUGCGUUUAAGACCUAUCAGGCUAUCAAGGACUUCAACCGUGAAGGGCUGCCUCUGAUGGUCUUCGCUAACUGGAGAGGCUUCUCUGGUGGGAUGAAAGAUAUGUACGACCAAGUGCUGAAAUUUGGUGCCUACAUCGUGGAUGGCUUACGGGAGUGCUCUCAGCCUGUGAUGAUUUACAUUCCUCCCCAGGCGGAGCUCCGGGGUGGCUCCUGGGUUGUGAUUGACCCCACCAUCAACCCCCGGCACAUGGAGAUAUAUGCUGACCGAGAAAGCAGGGCAUCAAUUCUGGAGCCAGAAGGGACAGUAGAAAUCAAAUUCCGCAAAAAGGAUCUGGUGAAAACCAUGCGUCGGGUGGACCCCGUCUACAUCCACUUGGCUGAGCGAUUGGGCACCCCAGAGCUCAGUGCAACUGAGCGGAAGGAGCUGGAGAACAAGCUGAAGGAGAGGGAGGAAUUCCUGAUUCCCAUUUACCAUCAGGUAGCCGUGCAGUUUGCUGACUUGCACGACACACCAGGCCGACUGCAGGAGAAGGGUGUUAUUAACGACAUCCUGGACUGGAAAACAUCCCGUACCUUCUUCUACUGGCGGUUGAGGCGUCUCCUGCUGGAGGACCUGGUCAAGAAGAAAAUCCACAAUGCCAACCCCGAGCUGACAGAUGGCCAGAUCCAGGCCAUGUUGAGGCGCUGGUUUGUGGAGGUGGAGGGAACGGUAAAGGCCUACGUUUGGGACAAUAACAAGGACCUUGUGGAGUGGCUGGAGAAACAGCUGACAGAGGAAGACGGCGUUCGCUCAGUAAUAGAGGAAAACAUCAAGUACAUCAGCAGAGACUACGUCCUCAAGCAGAUCCGCAGCUUGGUCCAGGCCAACCCAGAGGUCGCCAUGGAUUCCAUCGUCCACAUGACCCAGCACAUCUCACCCACUCAGCGAGCAGAAGUCGUCCGGAUCCUCUCCACGAUGGACUCCCCAUCCACGUAGGGAGAGCUUCCUGCCCCCCGCCUCCGGAGAAAGGGCUAGAGCUGCCUUACAACGGAAACCACUGUAAUAAGAAGGCACAGGAGACCCAGCACUGGAAUCAACCGGCAUUUUGCUUUCCCUCAAAUGUUUUCAGGUUCUGCAUGACCUCCUGGGAUGCAGGGUCACAGAGCCGGCUCCAGCCCUCAGCCACACCUGUCCUGUUCAGUAUUUAUUACCCUGGCUGCAAUGACAGCCCUCUUUCCCUGCACACACCCAAGAAGGCAAUGAAGGGUACACAGGUACCAUGAGGUCUUACUGCACAGAAGCAGAGCUGCCCCCCCGUCCUGAUGGCCCCUUGGUCUCAGUCCAGGGAAGCGCCAGGCCGUCAGCAGCCCACACCCGUCCCCGCCCCAUGAGCCUGCAGCCGCAGGCAGCAGAGGAGGGCUGGGGAGAGGACGGCACCUGAGGCCCGCUAUUGCUUUACCCCCACAUUCAGCCCAGCCGACAAACACUAGGCACUGGAGAGGAAUCAUUCCCAGCCUCAUCACACAAGGUACUAUUUGUGAAGGAAAAUAGAGCAUGAAAUCGGCAAGCUCCAUGGGAACUCAAAGAUGAAGGCAAAACUGUGAUCCAGGGAGCAGAGAGAGGAAACAGACCUAGUCACUGUGGUGGAUUCAGAGGCCUCGACGCUGAGUUCAGUUCUCUUAGAACAAACGGGAAGCUGGUGACCUACCCUGCAUGUCACUGCUCGAUGGGCCGGUGCACCUGGGGGGGCUACAGGGCCAGCGCGUGGGGGGCCCACCCCUCCCAGGUCCCACGGGCAGUGUUGGUUGGCUGAGCUGGCAAAGGAGGAGCCGGAGGGCUGCCCUCUGUCACUGAUGGGAAGUAGUUCGUUGUACCACAGGGAGAGUGGGCCGAAUAGUCUCUCAUGUUAAGACUUGGAAGGUUGUUACCAGGAAGCCUGGAGCUCUGAUAGUCACAGGAGGUUGAUAGUGCCUAUGGAGUCGCUCGUCUCCACUCUGGGGCCGCUCUCCGAGCGUCUGCUGUCCUACUCCCCUUGGGUCUGGUCUCUCCCUGGGAUGUACACAGGUAACAGGUGCAGCAGUUCCCCACAGCUGCCAACAGGAACCAUGUGACAUCUAUGCUCUCGGCACCGGGAACACAGAAUCCAUAUGACCUUAAGAUUGCCUACAACUCCCUCAUGGUGCUGCUGUCUUCCAGGCUCACUGGUCCCUGCCCGGGCGGCGGCAGGGGCCUCCUCACGGUGGGUGGAGAGCACUUGUUUAUGUGCAAGAACCAGUUUGUUCAAGGAAGGAGCUUACUGAUUCCCCCGUUGGAAUUCCUAAAGCAAGAGUGGCAGGUGAUCAGGGCUGGUGUAGUAUCCAUUCCUACAGUGCAGCUAAUUGCACUUGUCACUGGCAACCAAGGAGGAGAUCACUAAGACAAUUUAGAAGUACCGGUAUGAAUACUUGUGUGCCAGCUGCAGUUGUGAGCCCUAACCCUGUAGUUCACACACAAGAACGGGCUCCGAUUCCCCUUCUUCAGAAACUGGUCGUGCAGGUGGGCAUCGUGUGGCUGGGUACGUCUCCGACUGCCCCUAGGAGCUCAGAGCCUCGACCAGGCUGCCCUGGUACAAGGUACAGUGUUUGGUGCCAUCAAGAAGGGCGGGAAAGGGUGGGCAACAACUUCAGUCCAGCAGGAAACACCCACUGUUGCUAGUAUCUGCUGACCCAGUAAGAAUCGAACUCAUCUUUGACCAAAUUAUUCCUCUCCCCUCUCCCGCAAUAAAUAAAAUCCCCACACCGACAGCGGGUGUGAAGUCCUGCACUCACCGUGGCAUCUCCUCAGAGGCAGGGUGGGUGACUUGUCAUUUACCUCCCCCCUCACCACCAAAUUAUGACACAUUAAACGAAUCCAUUUCCUCUCUGGACCCCUGUAAUGCCUAUUCCCCCAUGUUCAGGGCACCUCACUUUAGGUCUCACCCUGAAAGGGGUUUUUCAUAUGGAGAAGACAAGGAGCCACCGAGUGUGAGCGAGCUGCCACUCCCACAGCCCGUUACUCAGGCAAGGUGACUAAGGCAGGAGGAGCGUGCGGGAUGCGUUGACCAGGACUCGCUGGAGCUGAGAUUGUCCUUUUGUCCGAUCACCUCGUUCACAAAGCAGCCUUCACUUGUCUCAUUGGAACUCGAUGGACACACCCUGAUGAGCAAGGAGCUUCAGUCAAAUGUAAAUGUAUUCUUUUCACAUUUUGUUGAAAUAAACCUCCAAUUUGUAGAAGA